AUGUCUGUCAAAUUCAAUACCAAUGCAGUGACCAAGGACAACUGUCUUUACACUAAGUUCGCCUACGAAUCGGCCAUUGUCGAGAAAAAGCCCGAUGGUGUUUUGUCUGUUACUCCAACCACCACCGACUACGAAUUCAAAGUGGACUUGUCUACUCCAAAGACCGGUUUGAUGUUGGUUGGUUUGGGAGGUAACAACGGUACCACCUUGAUGGCCGCCAUUUUGGCCAACAAGAACAAGAUCAGCUUCGAGAACAAGGAAGGUCUUGUCGAGCCAAACUACUACGGUUCUGUGACCCAAUCUUCCACCAUCAAGCUUGGUGUUGAUGCUGAGGGAAACGAUGUCUACGCUCCAUUCAACUCUAUUUUGCCAAUGGUCAGCCCUAACGACUUGGUCGUUGGCGGAUGGGAUAUCUCCAAAUUGCCAUUGGACAAGGCCAUGAAGCGUGCCAAGGUUUUAGACGUUGACUUGCAAAGACAAUUGGUCGAGCACUUGGAGAAGGUUCAACCAUUACCAUCCGUGUACUACCCAGACUUCAUUGCCAUGAACCAAAAGGAGAGAGCUGACAAUGUUUUCAACGUUGACAGCAACGGUGAGGUUACUACUAAGAACAAAUGGGCCGAUGUUGAGAGAAUCAGAUCUGACAUCAACAAGUUCAAGAAGGACAACAACUUGGACAAGGUCAUUGUCUUGUGGAGUGCCAAUACCGAGAGAUACUCGCAGAUCAUUCCUGGUGUCAACGACACCGCCGAGAACUUGAUCCAAUCCAUCAAGGACAGUCACGACGAGGUAUCUCCAUCUACUGUUUUUGCUGUUGCUUGUAUCUUGGAGCAGGUCCCAUACAUCAACGGUUCUCCACAGAACACCUUUGUGCCUGGUGCCAUUGAGUUGUCGGAGAUCCACAAGAGUUUCAUUGGUGGUGACGACUUUAAGAGUGGACAGACCAAGAUUAAGUCUGUUUUGGCUCAAUUCCUCGUCGACGCCGGUAUCAAGCCAUUGUCUAUCGCCUCUUACAACCACUUGGGUAACAAUGAUGGUUACAACUUGUCUGCUCCUCAACAAUUCCGUUCCAAGGAGAUCUCGAAGCAAUCUGUUGUUGACGACAUGAUUGAGUCCAACGAGAUCUUGUACAACGAGAAGUCUGGAUCUGAGGUUGACCAUUGUAUUGUCAUCAAGUACUUGCCUGCUGUUGGUGACUCUAAGGUUGCCAUGGAUGAGUACUACUCUGAGUUGAUGUUGGGUGGCCACAACAAGAUUUCCAUCCACAACGUCUGUGAGGACUCCUUGUUGGCUACUCCAUUGAUCAUUGACUUGGUCAUCAUGGCCGAGUUCUUGCAAAGAGUCACUUACAAGAAGGUUGGCGAGGAGACCUACGAGAACUUCUACUCUGUCUUGACCUUGUUGAGUUACUGGUUGAAGGCACCAUUGUCCAAGCCAGGUUUCAAACCAAUCAAUGGUUUGAACAAGCAAAGAUUGGCCAUUGAGAACUUGUUGAGAUUGUUGGUCGGAAUGCCAAUCAACAACGAGUUGAGAUUUGAGGAGAGAUUGGUUUAA